GGACCAUGUGAGGGGCCGCGGGUACAAAUACCGCCGCGCCGGCGCCCCUCCGCACAGCCAGCGCCGCCCGGUGCCUCGAGGGUGCGAGGCCUGACCACCUCCCCAGCCCGGGACCAGCCUCCGCCUGGCAGUCCGGCAGAGCCCUCAGUCCCGACAAUAGGAAGCUGAGAGGUGAUCCACAUAUCCACGCACCCAGAGUUCAGGGGAUCCUUGGCAGAUGGGCAUCGGUGUCAUUUACUAACCAGCAGGAUGGAGACCACGCCCUUAAAUUCUCAGAAGCAGCUAUCAGCGUGUAAGGAUGGAGAAGACUGUCAGGAAAACGGAGUUCUGCAGAAGGGUGUCUCCACCCCAGGGGACAAAUUGGAGUCCGGGCAAAUAUCUAAUGGAUACUCAGGGGUUCCAAGCCCCGGUGCGGGAGACGACAUGAGGCACCCUAUCCAGGCGGCUACCACCACCCUAGUGGCUGAGCUUCAUCAAGGGGAACGGGAGACCUGGGGCAAGAAGGUGGAUUUCCUCCUCUCAGUCAUUGGCUAUGCGGUGGACCUGGGCAACGUCUGGCGCUUCCCCUACAUAUGUUACCAGAAUGGAGGGGGGGCAUUCCUCCUCCCCUACACCAUCAUGGCCAUUUUUGGGGGAAUCCCACUCUUUUACAUGGAGCUCGCACUGGGACAGUACCACCGAAAUGGAUGCAUUUCCAUAUGGAGGAAAAUCUGCCCGAUUUUCAAAGGGAUUGGUUACGCCAUCUGCAUCAUCGCCUUCUACAUCGCCUCCUACUACAACACCAUCAUGGCCUGGGCGCUCUACUACCUCAUCUCCUCCUUCACGGACCAGCUGCCCUGGACCAGCUGCAGGAACUCCUGGAACACUGGCAACUGCACCAACUACUUCUCUGAGGGCAACAUCACCUGGACCCUCCAUUCCACAUCCCCUGCUGAAGAAUUUUACACGCGCCACGUUCUGCAGAUCCACCGGUCUAAGGGGCUCCAGGACCUGGGGGGCAUCAGCUGGCAGCUGGCCCUUUGCAUCAUGCUGAUCUUCACUGUUAUCUACUUCAGCAUCUGGAAAGGCGUCAAGACCUCUGGCAAGGUGGUGUGGGUGACAGCCACCUUCCCUUAUAUCAUCCUUUCUGUCCUGCUGGUGAGGGGUGCCACCCUCCCUGGAGCCUGGAGGGGUGUUCUCUUCUACUUGAAACCUAACUGGCAGAAGCUCCUGGAGACAGGGGUGUGGAUAGAUGCUGCUGCUCAGAUCUUCUUCUCUCUUGGUCCGGGCUUUGGGGUCCUUCUGGCUUUCGCCAGCUACAACAAAUUCAGCAACAACUGCUACCAAGAUGCUCUGGUGACCAGCGUGGUGAACUGCAUGACGAGCUUUGUUUCGGGAUUUGUCAUCUUCACGGUGCUCGGCUACAUGGCUGAGAUGAGGAAUGAAGAUGUGUCUGAGGUGGCCAAAGACGCAGGACCCAGCCUCCUCUUCAUCACCUAUGCAGAAGCGAUCGCCAAUAUGCCAGCGUCCACUUUCUUUGCCAUCAUCUUCUUUCUGAUGCUGAUCACGCUGGGCUUGGACAGCACAUUUGCAGGCUUGGAGGGAGUGAUCACAGCUGUGCUGGAUGAGUUCCCACACAUCUGGGCCAAGCGCCGGGAGCAGUUCGUGCUUGCCGUGGUCAUCACCUGCUUCUUCGGAUCCCUGGUCACCCUGACAUUUGGAGGGGCCUACGUGGUGAAGCUGCUGGAGGAGUAUGCCACGGGGCCCGCAGUGCUCACUGUGGUGCUGAUUGAGGCAGUUGCUGUGUCUUGGUUCUACGGCAUCACUCAGUUCUGCAGGGAUGUGAAGGAAAUGCUCGGCUUCAGCCCGGGGUGGUUCUGGAGGAUCUGCUGGGUGGCCAUCAGCCCUCUGUUUCUCCUGUGAGGAAGUGCUGUCCACGGAGACUUGAAGGCAAGUGAGAUAUUCACCGUGGGCGUAAAGUUUAAGAAGGCACCAAACAACUCAGUACUCAAGAUAAAUAUUAUUCUUGGGCAAUGCUUUUCAAAAAUAAAAAUUGCCAGGUGCGGUGGCUCAUGCCUGUAAUCCCAGUGCUUUGGGAGGCUGAGGCGGGUGGAUCAUGAGUUCAAGAGAUCAAAGUCAUCCUGGUCAACAUGGUGAAACCCCAACUCUACUAAAAAUACAAAAUAUUAGCCGGGUAUGGUGGCGCGCACCUGUAGUCCCAGCUACUCUGGAGGCUGAGGCAGGAGAAUCACUUAAACCCAGGAAGCAGAAGUUGCAGGAGCUAGAUCGUGCCACUGCACUAUGGCCUGGUGACAGAGUGAGACUCCAUCUCACACAAAAAAAUAAAAAGUUAAUAAAUAAAAAUUAAUGCAAAAAGAUUCAUGAUUAACAAAAUAUCAACAUUUUAAAUAAACACAGGAGCCAGCCCGUACUUGUACAUCUUACCUCACUCGCCUUACCCUAAUCUGGUCCUGUUAGAUCCUUUCUUUUAAAAAUUGUCGUAAAAUAUUAUUUAUUUUGAUUUUGGCUCCCGCUUAACUGUUGUGCCUGAGGUGAGUGUCUCCAUGUACCCUGGGGCUUGGGUCUGUUCAUUUCUGUCCGUUUUUGGCUGUCAGGCUGGGUAAGCUCUUGGUACACAGUCAAUGAGUUUCUUUGCCCAGUAAAACCCACGUGCAGCUUUGGAUGUGGGCCCAUUACCCGUAAUUCCCGUGAUGUUUGCCGUACUCACCCCCUCUACCGGCAAGAGCCCUAGUGCCUAAUUGAGAGAGGCAAAUCUGCCUUCCACUUCUACGUUUACUUAACAGAUCCCCUGCCUGCGCUUUUUAAGGCUGCUUUAGGUAAACAACAAGUAGCUUACUAAAAAUAAUUCUUUUUCACCGCAGCCAAGUUACAAAAAAAGAAAAUAUUGUGUAUGAGUAGAAGCCAGGAUGUGUGAUGGGGUUUCUGAAGUAGCACUUGCCCCAACCAGAGGCUGAGCCCCCUGACGACCGAGUGGGAUUUCACACACCUGACAUGAAGAGACACGUGGCUGGGAUGAUUCCUAACCAGAUCCUCUAUCCCUGUUCCCAAAUAGCUCCCUUAGUAGCUGGGUCUGCAGAUGAGGAGCGUGGGUUAGGAGAAAGGUUUGCAAUUGACCCGGCUCAUGUUUUGAAGGCUUCCUUGUGGUCUUAGGAUAGCACUGCUCAGAAGAUGGAUGUGUGUUUAACAAUUUCCCGUUUUAUUACCUGCAGACAAAGAAGAAAAAGAUAUAAAUAGAUGUUUAACCACACAAAUAAUUUACAUUACUGUCUUCUUUAUGACUAUGAAAUAAUAAAAUAAAAUUAAAUCAAGAACAAUGAUGAUUUCGACACAGUGGUUACUAGGCAAAAACUGAUAUUUACACUCUCUGGAAACCAAACUGAAAUAAGAAAACUCAAAAACUGGGUGUUGGGAGCACACUGUGGACUUUUUCUUGGUCAGUAUUCUCACAGAAUAUUCAAGUGAAAAGUGUAUUAAGGUGCUUUUUUUCCUUCCGUAAUUCCUUUUGUGAUGAGGACCGGUGGCAGGCGGUCGGUCAUUGUUGAGAGGCCUAGUGGCAGAGCCAACCUCGUUGAAACCCCAGUCAAUGGAGCUUAAUGCGGAAGGCAGAGAGCUCAAGAAAGCGAGAGGAGCACACCCCCAGGAGCCUGAGUCCCCUCCGGGUCUUGAGAACCUUCUUAUCUUUCUUGGACAUCAGGCACCUUCCAUCUGACCAAAGACAACCAUAGCCAGAAACACAGUGAAAGGCAAUUAAAACAAAGCAGAGAGAAUAUGAAGCCUGGUGCUGGCAGGGGCUGCCGAGAGGUCACCCAGUUUAUUCCUCUGCCUUCUGGCAAGACAAGGCCCAAACAACUCUCACCAAAGGUUGCCAGUCUCUUUGCCUGGGCAGAGGCCAGUGCUGAAGCGGGAGCUACAAGCUCCCGGACUGCAGGGGCAGCUGGAGGGAUGCUGCAACAUCCCCCGAUAGGAAGUGCAGGCUGGGGAGGAAAAUCAGGGAAAGCACCUGGCUGGUUUAGUCUUGCCGCUUGGGUACGGAAGUUGGUAGUUCUGUGUGUCAGAGUUCAGGAUAUAUCACGUCUUGGGAAUUUGCUGGAAGUAUUUUAGCUUUAGCGAUUGGUAUUUGCGGUAUCAGAAAUGUCUCUGUCUGCGUGGAUAUUGUUAAGACUUUUAAUGUUUCUU